AGCCGUUUUGGCCGACCAUGGAGACCAAUGAAGCGAUGCGGCAGCCUGCCGCCGAGGCGCCACUCGCCGACCUCCGCCUAACGAAUCCAUGCAGGACGCCCCGCUCCACGACUCCGAGACGCCUCACAGCGGGUCCCCGCUCCUUGAGCCCAAGCAGGAGGUCUGGAGGAUCAUCCGGCCCGUAGCGGAGGCCCGUCGCGUCCGGACCAAGCGGACCGUGGCGUCGCUCGUCCUCGGGCAGGGCUCCUUGGCCGAGGCGCGGCUGUUCCAGUGGGGGGCCCGGGACGGCCUGCCGCUGCGCAGCCUUUGGGUCGCGUGGUACACUGGCCUCGUCGUCGGCUUUCUCGCGCUCGUUGAAGGUUGUUCCAGCCUAUUGCGUCUGGGUGGCCACACUCAUGGUCCCACUGCCUUUGGUGACUGUGUCCUUGCUCUCAAAGGACCUGGUAUUGGAAAUUCUGCGUGAGCUCGACUUCUACCUCAUUCAGAUACUGCAGGGCGUUGCUCUCUUGCACGGGCUCGUCGAGACCUGGGAGGAUGAGCGCCGCGCCUUUUGGUUCCUUUAUGUACCCAGCUUGGUCGUUGCCCCGAUGGUGGACGCUUACCCUGCGAAGUAUCGGCCCCACUUUCUUCAGCUGUACUUCGUGGGGAUGCUCUGCAUCCUGGUCGGCUGGAGCGCGUUCGAGCUCUCCAAAAAGAGCCUGCACUUCUUCACGUACAACGUGGGCGACCUCGCGACCCUGUCCCUGUUCUACCUCCGCCAGAUCUACGCGGCCACCUGGCAGCAGGACAGCUUCGUGCUGAUCUCGUGCGCGAUGUGCACGGCACACGAGCGCGUCAACCUCGACGUCCUCGGGAGCGGGCUGUCGCCCGAGCCGCAGACCGUCCGGGUGGCACCGCCGCGCUCGUACAGCUUCAACGCGCAGACCCACACCCUGAGCGACUGGCGCCGGGCGCCGAGCCUGGAGGACCAUGAGAUCCGACCUCGCGAGAAGUCACGACUGGAGCCCCCGACCCCAUCUCUCUGCGCCAUCUUUCGAGCCGCAUCGGUCUGUGAUGGACCUGGGGCCUGGAACCGGGCGAAAACGCUUCCUCUAGGGCCUGAUCCCAGUGACCUAGCGAGUUCUCAGCGCCACGGCUCCCGAAAGC